GGUGGUCGCGCGGCAGCCCAGGCGUCGUUCGGCCGGGACGUGUCCGGCUCGGCGCCGCGUCAGGUUGCGCCAGUGGAGUCGGACCCCAGCGCGCCUCUCCCAGCUGCAGAGCUGCGGGGCGGAGAGGCGGCCUCCUCUAAGCUGGCUGCGCGGCUCAGGGGCGCGGCCGGGCGCGCCGCGUGUGCCGCCGCCGCGCAGCGCGGUCUCACUCCGCCACCCUCCGCUCUUGCCCUUUGUCGCCAAGCAUCUGGAGAAGCCGGGUCCUUCCUUCCCGGGCUCGCGCUGUCCCCUGCGCGCAAUCCUUCCCCGACGGUGAACCCAACGGGAAAGGCCCAGAACUGCGCGGGGCUGCGGCCAUCUGCUCUCUAGCCGCUCCGCGUGUCUCUGCCGCCCCCUGCGGCCGCCAGGGCCUGCGCCUCUCUCCCUCCCGUGCCUCGGCUCCCAGAGCUUGAACCCCAGGACCCACGCAGCCAGCCUCAGCACUCAUCCGCGCAGCCAUGGAGGCCCUGGGACCUGGAGGCGACCGCGCCUCCCCGGCCUCGUCCACUAGCGGCCUGGACCUGUGGCAUCUGUCCAUGCGCGCGGACUCGGCCUACAGCUCUUUCUCCGCAGCCUCCGGCGGCCCCGAGCCGCGCACGCAGUCGCCGGGGACAGACCUCCUUCCUUACCUAGACUGGGACUACGUGCGCGUAGUUUGGGGCGGCCCGGGCCCCGCCCCGCCCGACGCUGCCCUUUGCACAUCCCCGCGGCCCCGGCCCGCCGUCGCCGCCCGCAGUGGGCCGCAGCCAACAGAGGUCCCGGGGACCCCGGGGACACUGAAUAGGCAGGCCACCCCGCUGCUGUACGCGCUGGCGGCCGAGGCGGAGGCCGCGGCACGGGCUGCCGAGCCGCCCAGCCCGCCGGCCUCGAGGGCCGCCUACCGCCAGCGGCUUCAGGGCGCGCAGCGGCGAGUGCUCCGGGAGACGUCGUUCCAGCGCAAGGAGCUCCGCAUGAGCCUGCCCGCCCGUCUGCGGCCCACUGUCCCAGCGCGGCCCCCGGCGACUCACCCGUGCUCCGCCUCACUCAGCCACCCGGGCGGGGAGAGGGAGCCGGCGCGCUCCCGGGCUCCUGCGCCAGGAACUGCCGGCCGGGGUCCCCUCGCCAACCAGCAGCGGAAGUGGUGCUUCUCGGAGCCAGGAAAGCUGGAUCGUGUGGGUCGGGGCGGUGGGCCGGCGGGGGAAUGCCUGGGUGAGGCCUGCUCCAGCUCUGGCCUCCCUGGGCCCGAGCCCCUGGAGUUCCAGCAUCCGGCGCUGGCUAAGUUUGAAGAUCACCAGGUUGGAUGGCUGCCCGAGACGCAGCCCCAAGGCUCCAUGAACCUGGACUCCGGGUUCUUGAAGCUCGGUGAUGCCUUAAGGCCCGGCAGUCGGAGUCGGAGCGCUUCAGGCGAAGUCUUGGGUUCCUGGGGAGGAUCAGGAGGGACCAUACCCAUUGUCCAGGCUAUUCCCCCAGGAGCAGAAACCCCCAGACCAUUGUUUCAGACCAGACUUUCCAGGUUCUUGCCUCAGAAGGAGGCUGCGGUGGUGUAUCCUGCAGAGUUACCCCAGAGCAGCCCUGCCGACGGUGAACAGAGGGUCUCAGAGACCUGCAUUGUGCCUGCCCGGCUCCCCUCCCUUCCUGAUGAAGUGUUCCUAGAAGAGGCCCCGCUGGUCAGAAUGACAUCACCACCAGACCCCCAUGCCUCCCAGGGGUCCCCAGCCAGUGUCCAUGCCUCUGACCAGCAGUAUGGAACUGGCUUAGGCCAAAGAACUGGCCAGGCUACAGUCCCCCCAGAGUACCCGCUCCAUGCGUGUCCAGGAACUGCAGGGGCAGAUGACUGCUGGCAGGGGGUGAAUGGUUCUGUAGGUAUUUCCAGGCCCACAAGCCAUACCCCCACUGGGACUGCAAAUGAUAACAUCCCAACUAUUGACCCCGCUGGACUGACCAUCAAUCCCCCCACAGCUGCAGAGAGUGACCUCCUCAAACCUCUCCCAGUUGAUGCCUUGGGACUUUCAGGCAAUGAUACUCCAGGUCCCCCUCACAAUACUGCCCUAGCCAGGGGCACUGGCCAGCCUGGUUCCAGGCUCACAUGGCCCAGUCAGUGCGUCGAGGAGCUGGUUCAGGAGCUGGCCAGAUUAGAUCCCUCUCUAUGUGACCCUCUUGCUUCCCAGCCCAGCCCAGAGCCACCCCUGGGCCUGCUGGAUGGACUGAUUCCUUUAGCAGAGGUCCGGGCUGCAAUGCGGCCUGCCUGUGGGGAGGCUGGAGAGGAGGCUGCCGGUACUUUUGAGGCAGGGUACUAUCAGUUCAGCUUCACCCAGCUCCUGCCAGCUCCUCAGGAGGAGACAAGGCUUGAAAACCCUGCCACCCACCCUGUGCUUGACCAGCCAUGUGGCCAGGGGCUCCCUGCACCAAACAACAGCAUCCAGGACAAGAAAGUGGAGCUGGCCGCCGUCCUCCAAAAGAUGCUUCAGGACCUUCACACGGAGCAGGAGCGGCUGCAGGGGGAGGCACAAGCGUGGGCCAGGCGCCAAGCGACUCUGGAGGCUGCAGUGCGCCAGGCCUGUGCCCCUCGGGAGCUGGAGCGGUUCAGCCGGUUCAUGGCCGACCUAGAGCGCGUGCUUGGCCUUCUGCUGCUGCUGGGCAGUCGCCUGGCGCGCGUGCGCCGCGCCCUGGCCCGGGAGGCCUCGGACAGCGACCCUGAUGAGCAGGCCUCCCUGCUGCAGCGACUCCGGCUCCUGGAGCGGCAGGAGGAGGACGCCAAGGAGCUGAAGGAGCACGUGGCGCGGCGCGAGCGGGCCGUGCGGGAGGUGCUGGUGCGAGCACUACCGGUGGAGGAGCUGCGCGUCUAUUGCGCCCUGCUGGCGGGCAAGGCCGCCGUCCUGGCCCAGCAGCGCAGCCUGGACGAGCGCAUCCGCCUCCUUCAGGACCAACUGGAUGCCAUCAGGGACGACCUUGGCCAUCAUCCCCUGUCUCCCAGCCCGGCGCGGCCCUCAGGGACCUGUCCUCCAGUUCAGCCGCCCUUCUCUCUUCUCCUUACAUAGUUAUAGGUGGAGAGGGUGGGGUGCACCGCCCCUACCUCUCACCCACGUAAGUGGGGUGAUGCUGAUUUAGUCUCUGCUUUUCCCUUGAGGGAUUGGGGAGGACCCAGGCCAGGCCUUUCUAUGAUACCCCUCCAGCUGGGCGCGGUGGCUCACGCCUGUAAUCCCAGCACUUUGGGAGGCCGAGGCGAGUGGAUCACAAGGUCAGGAGAUCGAGGCCAUCCUGGCUAACACGGUGAAACCCCAUGUCUACUAAAAAUAUAAAAAAUUAGCCGGGCGUGGUGGCGGGCGCCUGUAGUCCCAGCUACUCAGGAGGCUGAGGCAGGAGAAUGGCGUAAACCUGGGAGGUGGAGCUUGCAGUGAGUGGAGAUCGUGCCACUGCACUCCAGCCUGGGCAACAGAGCAAGACUCCGUCUCAAAAAAAAAAAAAAAAAAAAAGAUACUCCUCCAAAGUGUUCUCAUGUGGCCUCACCAGGCCUUGUGGAUUAUUUGGUAAUUAAUUUAUGGAUCUUAAAAACUGCAGUAUUCCCCCAUUUCGUGAUGAGUGUGGGGCUGGCAGGGGUUGGUUGGAGGGAGGAGAGAAGACAGAGGAGCACUUAAGGUGCAAAGCAGCCUAUUUUUUCUUCAAUAAAGAUUGUUAAGAAAA